AUGCCACCCAUGGCACGCCUCGCUGGGACACGGCAGGUGGCGCUCGUAGCCGGCGUGGCUUUCCACCAAGCAUGCUCGUCUGCAAAAGUGCCCUCCAUUGCUCCACUCUGGCCAGCCCAGCCAGAUUCGCCCCUCGCCUCUCUUGCUUGCUCGUCUCAGCUAGGCACAGGGCCAACCUCCGAGCACGCACAAAGACAGGCCAAGCCGCUAGCUCUGGCCCGCCCGGUGCAAUCCCCGGCAGCAGCUCCUCACUGGCAGCCUGUGGGCCGACUAGCCAGCGCCGUACGAACGGCCAGAUCCACGCGCUUUGCGGGCCUUGUGGGAAAGCGUCGCUCGGAGCCAAUAGCCGUGCUGGGGCAGCCCUGGGUUCGGGCAGGCGUGGCGGCUGCCGUUGAAACAGUCGUUCCGAACUCCUCUAGCGACGACCUUGCCGGUCACGGUCUGCUCCACGUACGGCUGCUCGGUGCUCCUUCUCGUGGUCCGUUGCGGCCCGAAAGACAGGCUGGGGAUGGUGCUGAUCACUCCCGAGGGCAGCAUCUGCUCCGCGCAGGGCAAAAGAGCAGUGAGGCAUGUACAUGCUGGGCUUUCCCAAAAGAGCCACCAGGCCUGCGACGGAAAUGUUCUGACUGGCCGGUCGCCGGGUUGGGGCUUCUGGGCCUGAACGUUGUUGAAAUCCCAGAUUGGUCGGUUGGUCCCUGGGCAGGGGGGCAACGCGUUGGUUCGGCCGCUCCAGCCAGCGGAACGGAGGGAUGCUUCCUGGCCACCACCAUCCCCGGCAGCCACCGUCCUACGGCCUGCUAA